CCUCCUGCUGCUUCUCCAUUCUUUGUUGCCCUCUCUCCAUCCAACAUCAACUUGGAAUUGAGCCGACGGACACAUAUUUUGCACCGCUUCUGUUUAUUUAGAGCGCUGAGUAGCCCAGGCAGCUGCGGCCAUGGAAAUGCAGCGCUCGAACUACCGUGCGGAUUCAGCGAUGAAGAGCGCACAUCGUCGCGAACCCUUUCCGCGCGGCGCGUCUGCAAUGUCUUCGCAGAACUCGGUCGGUCCAGGCAAUGUACAAAUACCACACUAUAAUCCCGGACAAGAUUCAAGCUUGGAAAUGUCUGCGCCGUGCUUUGCGAAUUGGAAUGACUGGACAUGGCAGACCAAUCACCUUACUGGCUCAUUUGUGGACACCGACACCGUGCCCUAUAGUAACAGCUCGAUGACUCAGAGCACCGCCGUAAAUUACACUCAAGAUACCUGGCAAAGUGCGGUGACGGAUCAGUUCGACUGUGACACCAGCGGUAGUCUAACGAACCAUGUCGAUUCGCACAUUUCUGACCUUCCUGCUUGGACAACCCAGUCCCCCUUUCAGACUCGAGAUGCCUCCAUGCCGCAAGGUGGAGACCUGUCGCAUCUUCAAAACGUGAGCGCAACUCCCACAGCUUGGUUUGAAUCACGUGAUGUCAGUCAAGACAAUGUGCUUGAUUCGAGUUCUCAACAGGCGCAACUGAUGUCUGAGACUCUCUCUGCCAAUCAUCGUUGGCUACCGCUGUGUCGCAAGGUGGUGACAGUCAUCACAAAUGCCAUGUGCAGAUCAACAUCCGUCACCACGGAUUGCUUCUUUGGCAUGUGCAUGCUUGCAAAUACCCCCGAGAUCCCACUGAGUGAUGUUAAACUUGCAACAAUCGGCACAGACGCCUUGACUCAAUUGUGCAGCAUGGAUUCGUUCACGCCCAGGCAGAUCCAUGGCAUUGCUAUCCUCGCGGGUUGCAAGGAUGACGAGGUCAAGCGUUGCCUGUCGGAUGGGAAACGGGAGUCACACGAGGCUGCUCUGCCUCAACCUGCAAGGCCGCCGCCACGUCGUCGCAAAAGAGCUAGGCCAAGCUUCACGACGCAGGUCGAUAUCAUUCCCAAAACUAAGCGUCAGGAUGUGGGGACUACCGAAAGUUCCUCGAAAGAAACAGCCCACUCGAUGGUCCCCGUUCCUUUGUACCAAACUGCCGCGGCCGCCCUUGCCAAGAACCCGUUAUUCUGUGCGAGAAAAUGCACCGAGGAGCAAAAGAUGGCGAACAAAGCGAAACCAAGAGAUCCAGAGAAGCCGUAUUCAUGCUUAAAUCUUUGCGGGGAAGCCUUUGCGGCCGCCGAUCUUCACGGAUUUAAGAGACAUCACCUGUCAAGUACUCCUCAGCAUGGCUGGCUGUGCAACAUCCCAGCAGAGCUCAAAGAUGACGCGGGCAACCGGAUCUGCACUGUGUGCGGUCUUGAGAACCCCAGCGAUAAGCACGUGGCCGAGAACCACCCUAAGAUCAUCCCUUGCUCGGACAAACCGAUCAACGUGAUCCGGAACCAAAAGGGGGGAAGACUUUUUGUGAGGCGCGACAAAUUCGACGAGCACGUUCAAAAGCACAAGGGAACCCCAAGCGCCAAGUCAUUCCACGGUUGCUGUGUUGACGUUCAGGGCAAUUUCAACCCUCAGUGCGGAUUUUGUGGGUGCCAAUUCUCAACACUGGAAGAGAAGCUGGAACAUGUCGCCAAGAUGCACUUUGAUCGUGGUGAGUCGAUGGCAAGUUACCAAGAUCCUUGGCACGGGCCUCUGGAGCAUAACUCCGGUAGCAAUGGUGGCGACGACGAUGAUAAUGACGAGAAUGGUGGAGAUGGAGAUCAGGGAGCCGAUGAUAGAAACAACGAUGGUGGUGGCGAAGCAGGCGAGGGUGAUGAUAACAACAAGAACGAGGAUGAUGCGCACGAUCAGGGGCCGCAAAGUGAGGAUAUUGACCCUGGUGGUCGCCGUCGUGAUCCUGACCUUCACCAAGACAAGAAAAGACGCCGCCAGCAUAAUCAUCGACCUUAUAAUGAUCGCGGCUCAGAUGAAACGCUGCGACAAUCAGAAUCGGACGACUCUUGCAGACACCGGUCAAAUCAUCUGAGACUAUCCAAGGACUUUAAGCACCUCUUGCGUAGAAGACGCGCUCAUAGAAAUUCCUUGGGAUUCUUUGUGACGGGGUCGUCUUUACUGCAGAUCUUAACCGCUAUUGCCACUCAAUUCAACGGAUUCACCGUUGAGCCUGCUAUGCUCAGAAGAGUUGAACCUCCAGAAGACACGUCUGAGGAGCACGACGACUCCGAUCGAAACGAAGAGGUGAGAUUCGAACUAUGCGACUGGUCUGGUGUCGAGACUCAUGCACCGUUGGGCUACGGCGCUACCUCUGUCGUUGACAAGAUACGUCUGUCGAGUCAGGGCCCAUACUUUGCCCUCAAGCAACAGAAACUUGGCCAACACGAAAUAUCAAAGGUUCGGAGUGAAGUGAAGUUGUUGCUAAACGUUCAACACCUCCAUGUCUCACGACUGGAAGGAAUGGCUUUCCAAGACAAGACAUGCUCUAUACUUUUGUCACCUGUAGCUGACACCACGCUGGCCACCCUGUUGCAGGCAGAUCCAUCAGCCUCGCAAGAGACGACCUGGACCCUGAAGUUUGGAUGCCUUGCUCAAGGAGUUAAGGCGCUGCACGAUGCAGACUUCUGCCACCUAGAUCUCAAGCCUGACAACGUCCUCAUCACAAGUUCUGAAUCUUGGAUCAUCGGUGAUUUCGGCGCAUCUUCUCAUGGACCUCAGCCCAAGCCUUCGGCGUGGACACCGAAAUAUGUAGCCCCGGAAAUUCAAUCGAAGUUAGCGGCCUCGAAGGCAUCAGAUAUUUGGUCGCUUGGCUGCAUUGGAUUGGAGCUCCUUUAUCACUUUGGAGUAGAUCCGACCAGGCGAGAUGACAAUGUGCCCUGUUUGAACCAGAAGUCUUUCUUCUUCAGUGAGCACAUUGCCGAGCUUUCAGCAUGGCUCCAGACGGAAGCUUUGUCGUCCAGCCAUCUCAGUGUCUCGCAGUUCGAAGUUCUUCGACGUACAAUAGAAGCCGACCCUUUGCGAAGGCCAAGUAUCGAAGAGGUCGUCACUGUUUUCACGCCCGGCCCAUGUUGUGCUUUUGUCAAACCCUUCAAAUCACUGAGUGCUGCGGACGAGAAUACGUCCGCUGCAGACUUUAGAUAUCCCCUGCUUGCCAUGCACAAGCGAGAGUUUCGGCUGAUCUCGCUCCGGCCAUAUUCCGGAGAUUCCAUAUCAUGCGAACUUGAAACUUUCAGUCUCGACGAUGAGCUCAGGUACAAAGCGCUGUCAUAUACUUGGGGCACCUCACAUAAUUCUAGUCUCAUACAUGUGAAUGGCAGCCCGUUUCUUGUUAGGAGGAACCUAUACGAUCUCCUGGUCUCUUACAAACAAAGUCAAACGUCCCCGAUAGACCGGGUGUGGAUUGACGCACUAUGCAUCGACCAAAGCAACGUGAAAGAGAAAAGCCAUCAAGUAAGCAUGAUGAGAGACAUAUACGAAAAAGCUUCAGAGGUAAUAGUAUGGCUCGGGCCUGGAACUUCGUCCCAAAAGAAAGCAAUGGUCAGCUUACGACAGGCUGUUGACGGGCACUGGAGUCAAUCGGCGGCCCUAUCCUUCGGCACUGACCUAUUCAUGGCUUGGUGGACGGUCAUGGAAUUGUUUGAGCGGCCAUAUUGGAAGAGAGUUUGGACAAUCCAAGAGAUACUAGUUGCCCGGAAAUUGACCAUUCGUUUGGGCGAUGAGAAUUUAUCCUGGGAGACGUUGCAACAACUUGCGCCGCAUAUCGGAUGGGGAAGAGACUAUCAUUAUGCCGACUAUGGAAAAAGCUUGUACAUGCAUCGAAACGAUUCAAAGUACGAAAGCAAGCUCUGCCAUCUCCUGGUGAACGCGCGAGGCUUUGAAUGUAACGAUCCACGAGACAAAGUGUACGGCCUGCUCGGCCUCACGAGUGACAUCAAGCUUACGCCAGACUAUACAGCAUCGGUUCAAGAUGUUUACAUUCAGACGACGAAGGCGUUGUUGAUGGAAGGUUAUCUCGGGAUACUGACAGCCUGUGGCGACCUGGGUCACUAUUCUAAAUUGUUGCCGUCUUGGGUUCCUGACUUUUCGGUUUCGCGAAACUCGAGUAUCCCCGGUAAGGAUCAGUUACUACAGGCCUGGGACAGCCAAGACCACUCGCCUCUUGCCUUCCUCGAUGGGAAUAUACUCAAGAUCAGGGCAUACGAGGUCGACACCGUCAAGGACUUGAUACCAAGGAGCCGUAACCCGAAACGUGAGGUGAGUUUAAAAACUGGUGUGGGCGGGCGCCGACGUGCCGCCGACAGCCUUUUCACAAGAGGGGCGGACUCGUUUGGUUAUCUUCGCGAGCGAUUGCAGCGAUUCAAAUCGAUAGCUCAGACUCGAAUUUCGAGGCCGUCCACGCCGACGAAUGAGCGUCGAGAUCCUCUUUGCAACGUCACAACGUCGCUAGGCGACGAGACCAUUGAGAAUUUGGAGUCGAUGAGCAUUGGAAUGCGUCACUUGUGCGGCAUGCCGCGGGAAAUGGAGUUCCCCGGGAAGAGUUUGGAGAUGGACAAGGUCAUGUUCACCACUCGUCACGGCCAUGUAGGCUUGACUUUAAAGACGGUAAAGAAUAGAGACGUGCUCGUCAAGUUUCAGAGAUCCGGGCCUGUCUUUAUCCUUCGGCCAAGCGAGCAUGGCAGGUUCCAGUUGGUGGGUACGUGUGUAACGAAUGCGAACGAGGAUGGCGGAGCGGAAGAUGUGCUUGCGCAGCCAAUAUUCUACAUUGAGUAGAAGUCAAUGCGAGAUCAAAACUCUACUUUGGUUCGUGAGGAAAUCGACAUGAGACGAAAAUUCUAUGUUGAUCUUAUCUUCAAACUAAUGUGCAAUUUGAUCUCACGUUGACUUCUAGUAAAAGUAGAAUCAUGAAUUUUUUUUCUCCUUUUUUUCUAGAAAAAAUUCUUUCAUUUUUCUUGGAUCCAGAAGAUACCUUAUCCAACACCUAGUCACUAUAACUUAACG